CGUCAUCAUCGUUGCAGACUGCAGACCGAAGCUGCAGACAAACUCAAAACGACAGAAAGAUUUGUUGGAUAUGUUGUGAUUUAUGAUUCUGAAACGCUUUACAGUGUAUGAAAAAAAAUUGUUCGGUCUUAGUUAUUUAUCCUGAGUUUGUGUUGUUUGAUAUAAGUCAACAUGGGAGAGGAGGGUGCAUCAGGCAGUGACCAUCAUCGCCUUUUGUCAGAAAUGAGAGCACAGAAUCUUGAUAUGAUAAGGUUUGCAUCAUACCGCACUGCAUGUAAACUUCGGUUUAUUCAGAAAAAAGCCAAUUUGCAUCAAGUAGACAUCUGGAAUGUGAUUGAAGCUUUUCGGGAAAAUGGACUUAACACAUUAGAACCUCAGAUGGAAGUUAAUGUUUCUCGUUUAGAAACUCUUAUUUCAAGUUUGUAUCAUAAUUUGAACAAACGACUACCUCCUGCUCAACAAGUGCAUGUGGAGAGUAGUUCUGGUCUCCUCCUCAACUGGUUACUGUCAGCUUAUUCAGCUGAGAAUACUGGGAAAAUAAGAGUGUUUUCUAUUAAAGUUGCAUUGGCAACAAUGUGUGCUGGGAAGUUGAUGGAUAAAUUGCGCUAUAUUUUUUCUCAAAUUUCUGAUGGAAAUGGACAAUUGGUGAUAUGGCGAUUUGAGGACUAUCUGCGAGAGGUACUGUCAUUACCUGCUGCAGUAUUUGAAUCUCCAUCAUUUCACUACUCAGCUGACUUAUCAGCUAAAAUUUUUGCUGGGACUCAAAAAGUGACAGUAAAUGACUUUAUGGAUACCAUGAUGUCUGAUCCUGGUCCUGCAUGUUUGGUGUGGUUGCCGUUGUUGCAUAGACUUGCUGGGGUUGAAAGUGUUGUGCACCCUAUAUCUUGUGAUGCAUGUCAUAGAGAGAACUUUUCUGGGUUCCGUUACCGAUGCCAAAAAUGCCAUAACUUUCAAAUGUGUCAGGAUUGUUUCUGGCGUGGACGCAUUUUUGGUUCUCAUACUAACGAACAUGAAGUAAAAGAAUACACAUCUUAUAAGUCUCCAAGCAAACAAAUUGGACACACCCUUAGGAAGUCUUUUCGUUGUGUUCCUGAAAAAGGGCGUCCAAACAUCCCUCGGUUUCCAGAAGAACCAGAAAAGACACUUAAUCUAUCUCAUAUUGUACCUCCCUCUCCAUUACCGUCUCACAAUGGAUUUCCUGAAACUUCUUUCAUGAGCACCCAGUUUGAUGUAGGUUCCAUGGAUAGCCGUUCUACUACAAGAAGUCCUGGCAAAUAUUCUUCUAGCCUUGAUUCGUCACGCUAUGAUGACGAGCACCGCCUGAUCCAACGAUAUGCUGCUCGGCUUGCUGCUUCAGAAGCUCGAACUGUGCCAAGGCAAGCAUCAAGAACCUCAAUGCACAUUCCAGAUCUUGGGGGAAGAGCUCCAUCUGAGGGAAGUUUAAGUGCUGAGACGUCUCAAAUGCAAAGGGAACUUAUUGCACAGCUUGAAGCAAAGAACAAGGAAAUUGUUAGAGAAAUAAAAAGACUCAAAAUACAGCAAGAAAUGGAGAAUGCUGCCCUGGGUGCAGAAGGCUCUUCUUCAGAAAAUCCUGCUUUAAUGUCUGAGCUCCGAGCAUUGCGUCAAAGGAAGGACGAGCUAGAGGGGCAUUUAUCAUCUCUGCAGGAUUCUCGCCGGCAACUGAUGGUUCAACUGGAAGGACUAAUGAAGCUGCUGAAGAAUCAUCAGGCCUCACCUCGUUCUACUCCAAAUUCCUCUCCUCGGUCUACAAAAUCUCCGCCACUGACAGGAUCUCUUCCUGGAACUCUAACCAGCUCAGGUAGUAGCCGUUCAGCUCCUCCAACCCCUGGAAGUCAGCAACUUCUCCUGGGGUCUGCCACUGAACUGUCCUCUUUAGGAAGCGAUGUGCGCUUAGCGUUUGGAAGCUCUGGAAAUGCUCUUGCUAACUUUCAUGCAGGAUCCUCUGCAUCUUUAACUAGAUCCGAUCGCAGUUUACGCAAUGACUUGUUAGUUGCUGCAGAUUCUGUUACCAAUGCUAUGUCAACUCUUGUGCGAGAGCUGAAUUCAGAGGGUUCUGACCAGGAUGAUAGUGACAGUAUUUUAAGAAAGCAACUGGAGCAAGAUGUAGACGAUGGCAGUGACAGUGGAGGCGAAGGAAACAGAGGUCAAUUGCCAUGGCAAAAUGAGCUAGCACGCAAGCGCAUGGAACAGGAGGCACAUUUUCUUGCAGAGCUCCGUGCCAGAAAUGGUGGACCAACUAACUACAAUGAUCAGGAAAUUUAUGAUUAUAUGAAAGAUGAUCAGGAUUUGUUAUCAUACAACUAUGACAGAGAAAGUCCUGCUGAUGCAGAAUGGCCAGAAUGGGAGCAAUCAGUUCAAAGAUGGGCAAAGCGGUAGGAAGAAUGAAUGAAACAAAGUUUCUAACUCUUUAUUACCCAGUUCUUGCUUUCAAUGCUCCCAGUAUAUUGACACAUUAGCCAGACCGCGUCUUGUCGUAACAAGCUUUAUAAGUGUGUUGUGAAUGCAUUUGUGGUCACAGCUCUGUUAAAGGGUUCAACUAGAAGAAAAGAAAAUGCCAUCACCCCAUCACAGCCUGCAUGUUCAAAAUUGAGCCUGUAAUGUGAAUGGAAUGUGAUUACCCUGAUAGAGACACAGUGAAAUAGCUGUUUGUAAGUUACCCUCUAAUUAUUCAAAGUCUUCUACUCAAUGUUUCACUUUAUCAGUUCUGUGCUAUUUUUGCUAAAAUGCAAUUAUUAUAGUGGGAACAUCCACUAUUAUCUAAAUGGGGACGGCUAUGAAUGAGGAGUGAUUUGUUCUAAAUGAGCCAUUGCAGCAGCCUGGCAUCUUGUGAGGAGGAUCAACUGAUUACAUUGUUCUCUUGUCCCAGUAAAUUUGCUUCAAUUUUGGAAUGAAGAAAAACAAAUUAAUUACCACUAUCUACAUGUAUUUUAACCACAUAUGGAUACCACAAAUCUUAGUAACUGUAUUUAUAUCUUAAAGAGAAGGUUUGAAAUCGGAAUCAAAUUUUCCCAGGUUUAGUGUCUUUAAUUCUCCAUUCCCAAGUCUGUCAAAACAAUUUUUUAAAAUUUUGGAUGUCUACACCAAAUAUUGAGUUAACACGUUGCGCAUAACCCAAAAUCAUAAAAAGUAUUUCUGGUUUUCAGUUACUUCCAAAUAAUUCCCAUUGUAUUCUCGAGCAUAUCCAACAUAGGAACACCUAAUGGAGAAUUGUUGAGUUACACACCGCUGACCAUUCAGCUUUUUUAAUGAGAAUAAGAGUAAUUCAAAGCUAUGUGGUGCUUGCAAUGUCUUUCUCUGUGUGGUAGAUGCUUUCCAUUAGGACAAAUUUGUGUUUGCCUACUCAGAGAAUCAACCGACUGUAUCAAAUCAUUGUCUGUAAUGUGUGUAGAAAAGAGAUUUGAUUGUGCUUCCCUCUGGAUCAUUGUAAUCCAUAUAACUUGAUUGAAAGGUUCCUUGCUAAAAAUAAACAUUCAAAAGAUUUACA